AGGUAAUCGCCAGUGAGGGGUGACCGUGGCGGGGACCGGGGAAGGCGAGGCAGAGUCGGGGUCGUGGCCAAGACCCGUCACCCGGGGCGCCCGCGCCGCCCUGCCCUGCCCAGCCCUGCUCCCCGCUGUGGAUCCCAUCGCCGGCACCGGCACCGGCGGCAGCCUCCACCCCCAGAGCCGCUGCCCGGCGGGACCCCGCGCCGGCUGAGGGUGGAGCCUGGCUCUGCGAGCGCUGGUUGGAUGCCAGGCGGAGGAGGCGGGAACACGGGCAGGGAACGGGCGCUGGUUGGUUGGACGCCGGGCGGAGGAGGCGGGAACACGGGCAGGGAACGGGCGCUGGUUGGUUGGACGCCGGGCGGAGGAGGCGGGAACACGGGCAGGGACCGGGCGCUGGUUGGUUGGACGCCGGGCGGAGGAGGCGGGAACACGGGCAGGGAACGGGCGCUGGUUGGUUGGACGCCGGGCGGAGGAGGCGGGAACACGGGCAGGGACCGGGCGCUGGUUGGUUGGACGCCGGGCGGAGGAGGCGGGCACGGCGCGCGGGCGGCAGCGAUGGCGGGCUCGGCGCUGUCCCGGGUGCCGGACGUGCAGAUCGAUGGCGACGGUGUCUUCAAGUACGUGCUGGUGCGGGUGAGCGGGGCCGGCGCGCCCGCCAAGGACGUCGUGCGAGGCCACGCCUGGGCCGAGUACCACGGGCUUUGGACGAGCUGACCACGCUGUGACCACAGAGAAGCUGAAGGCAGAGUAUCCCGACUAUGAGAUUACUUGGGCAGAUGAAGGGUAUUGACUCCUCUGUCUGUGGUGCCAGCCCAGAACUGGCACAGCUGUGUGCAG